GCGGCGGAAAUUGAAUGUUUGAAAUUUUAGUUUUAAAGUAUAAACGCCUAGUCAAGAUUAUUUUCUUAUUUAUUCCCGUUUGCAUUGAACAAAAGUAUCACAAUGAAUAGCCUAUUGACUACCGAAGAACGAGAGCAGUCCAAAAUCAACCCGUCUGUCAUGGCAUUUGAACAAGAAUUGGAAAAUGUUUUGCUGAAGUUUGCGAAACGUAACUCCGAUGGAGACGGUUAUCAAGUUAGAGAUAGAACUGGGAAAAGGAAACUGGAUUUCUCAAAGCUUUUCAAAGAGUUCAAGCCUCGUCUGCAACAUGAGUACUUCGUGGAGAAGCUAAUGCAGAUUGGUAGCUUUCUAUAUUCAGUAAAGGCCUUUCGGUUGGCAAAAUUUCAAUGUUUCACUCGUUAUUUGCAAGAGAUUUCAUCGGAUUUUACAUACAUUGAAUCAGUGGCUGAAAUGGAUUUUCAAUCAUUUCAAGAAACUUUCUUUCAAAAUGGCUUGGAUGAUCCUCAGUCAGUCGACACUAUUAAAGUUCUUUAUGAGGACACAAUGUGUUCCUACGAACUUCUCUCUGAGUGUGAUCCAAAACUUCAGAACACAGAUUCUCUAUGUCACUGUUUGAAGCUUUUGAAAAUUUUAAUGCUUACAACACAACUGGCCUUACACCAAGAAUCAUUUAGUUGGCUUGUCUACAAUGGCACCAUUCACAUUUAUACCAUCUCCAGACAACUGAUGGUCACUGGACGAAGCAAUAUGGUUCUUGAAUACAUGCUUUGGGCUUGCAUGUGUACUGAAGGUUCGAUCCCAUUGCUAACGUUGAAGUAUGUUCCUUGGCGAAGCACUCUCUACACGACUGUAUGCCUCUGUUAUCUCGACUGCAAGGAAUCACAACAUGCUGAGGCGUUUGCUCGCCGUGCGAUGAAGAAACUCACGGAGUUAGCAGACAUCGAGGCAGCGAGCACCUCUGUAUCAACUCCGGAAACCAAGGCCAUCUUCCAGGCUGCUAAAGUCAAGAUUAACGUGCUCAUAUUUCAACGAGUCGUCUUCGAAAGUCGAAAGAGACCUAAGGGAUUGUUGCGGCCGAAGUUUCGAGCGCCUCUCAGAGAAGCUCUGCAUUCGAACUGGCCCAGAAACCAAACAGAGAGACUGCUGGCAGAUCUCUUCGAUGGCAUGGCGGCGCAGUUCUUCGCAAUUCUUCAGACCCUUGGUGAGCCCCACCGACGGACCCUCCAAUGCAAAGCACCCACUGGAUCCAUUGAUGACAUCACGCUAGAUAUUUACCCAGAACUCUUCGUUGCCGGCGUGGAUCUUAUCUCCGGUGGUAACAAUACCCGGUUGACGCGUUUAGAUCGGGAGGUUCAUCCAUCGUGUAUAGAAUUGUCCAGUGCGUCUCUUCUUGAUUUGUCCGAGCAAGGUGUCGACGGAGUUCCUCUGCCGUUCGUCGUGACGUUCAUAAAACUCGCGUUUAGUUACGAGCAAUGGGAAGUGUUCGAGGUCUUACAGCAACCGCUGAUGACAUUGCUCAAGACGGGAGCACAGGAGGUGAUCCAGGCUCCAGCCUUCAUCAUGACCCUGCAGCUUUUGGCUGCCCUGGAGUCAUUCUUCAAUACCUCAGGACGAAAACAGCAAAAGAAAGCAGCGAAUUAUACUGAAAAUCCUGCAAAUGAAAACCAACAAGGCAAUAAAUCUUCCGCAUCUCCCGUUGAUGAACUACUGGCUGUCGCGAACAUUCUAAAUGGCUUCUCAAGUGAAUUACCAAAGACGGCUUUGGUUUAUGUUGACGUGGAUAUCAUCAUCGAUGCCACUUUGUUUCUUUGGAGUCGCUGUAAACCUUAUUUCCAGCGUGUCGUAUCUUCGAAUCAAGAACAUUGUCGUCACGUUCUCAAUGAUAAAGACUGCGACAAGUGGCUGUUCAUUCUUCUUACCAUCGACAAUGUGCUGCACUGGAGCGGUCUCUCGGACGUCGACCCGAUGGUUGCUGCUGAAGUGGCUUUGAAACUUGGGCUGCUUCUGGAAAGCAGAGCCUCGGCUAUCGCUCGCUCGAACAAUGAUCCUGUUUUGCCAUCAAAAACGACCCAAGUUAAAGAGGCCGCAAGCUGUGAGCAAGCGAAAGUCAACGAUGAUGCCGAUCGGAACGACGAAGACACUCGGGCCGAGCUUCGGAGUAAGCCGUAUCAAGUCGUCUUCCCGAACACAUCCCUAGACCUGUUGUACAUGGCUUUUAAUAUUCUCGAGUCAAGCUUCGACCGGGUCAGCGAGGCAAGGGAAAAGAUGCCAAAGGAGUCUGAGGGUGAAUCGCAAGAUUCGGAAACGCGCCAGAGGACAGACGAGAAAACUUCAAACGGUUCGAAAAACGAAACAGACAUACAAGUAAUCCAUCUGGAACUGUUGUGGAACUUGACCAGAGUACUUGCCAAGCUAGAGUCUUCACAGAGUGCAUCACAGAUGACAUUAGCUUCUGAAAAGACCAGAAACUCAACACAAAUGUCGAAGUCUCAUGUAAAGGGCACGAAAUCACAAGGCACUUCUUGGACAGACGACAUGGUGAGGAGAUACAAAAAAUUACCAUUGACCCGAGCUCUCUUUCUGAUACACACGACUCUCGUUGGGGAUAUGAAAAAUGAAAAUGCGGAGAAGAACCUUCAGGAAUGUUAUGAUUUAAUCAAGAAAUCUCAAACACAGGAGAAAAUGUUAUCGUCAAGAUGCAAGACUCUGCCUACUGAGAACAUCGAAGCUACGGCAGUUCCCAAUCCCCCAAUCUUGGUGUCGCGUAGUUCGUCCAGAAUUACUUUGAAACCAGCCCCCUUUAAACCUGUCUGUCAAAAAAAGGUCUAUUGGUAUCGUUUGUUCGGUUGUUCUGCCAGCGGUAGCAAUGUGAAAGUCAGGUUAAAUGAUUCUGAUCUCGUGGGAACUGGAGUGGAGGUACCAGCUGGUCCAAACUGCAGAUUUGACGUGACGAAUCUUACCGAAGGAGAGCGAUACGUGUUUGCUGUUGCUGCGUACGAUAAAAAUGGCGACCUGAUUGGCGGAGGAAUUAGCCCCACGAGUCAUGCGUGCCCAGUGUCGCAUCCUAUGCCAAUCAUUAUGGCUUGGGCAUAUCUCACGCAGGCCGCGUUCAGCAGCGGUGUUUACGAGAUUGCCAGGGCCUCGGCGCAAGUUCUUUGGAAGUAUUUCAUUCCGGACAACAGCAAGUCAUUCGAGAAGCAACUUUCUCAUCCUGAUGGCCAGUUGAACUUGAACGUUCACGAAUGUGACGAGAAGAUGCUGAAUGAAAGUAACCACGCGCUGGUGCGACAUUUCUUGCAGACUAUUUUCAUCUCAGUGGAUAUUGCAGUCCAUGACGGAAAACUAUACUGUGACUCAUUGUGUGAUUAUGGAACAUUGCUGCCAGGACAGAUCCUACGAUUGCGACAAUGUGAAAAAAUGUUGCUCGCGUUACGAAUCUCCUUGUGGUUGAACGACAACGGCAUGGUUUUGCAAGGUCUCACGCGAUGCUAUGGACUAGUUGCUCCGCUUCUACAACAAAAGAUACCUUCAAAACCUGUACUGCAGAUUCUGCUACAUUGCUACGCCAUCAUUCAGGAGAUUCCUACCUUAAGUCGUUUCCGUAAGAACUCGAUGACUUACGAUAGCCUGUACCAUCUUAUCGCAGUCAUGACCUAUUAUCUAACAAAGACUCUUCCAAUACUGGGCGAGCAUGAGCUAGCGAAUAAGAUCAAGGAAUAUGGUCGCAAACAUUUGACCAUCGAUACACCGGCAGAAAUGGCGCCAUCUCUAUCGUUGACGAUUUCACAAGACGCUGUGAACAACAAUAGCCAACAGCAGGUGGCGACAAAAUCAAAGAAGAAAGCAGGCAAGGUAGCAACAAAGAAGGCCAAGGGAGGGAUUGCUAAAGUCGGCUCUGUGAAACCGGAACAAGCGAGUAAAGUUGGUACUUUUCAGAAGAGCGAGUUCACGGCUUUGGAGAGUGUUUUCACCAAAAGGAACUCAGCAGCCAUUUUGAACUUCAAGAACGACUUUGAGCUAAUCGGAGCAGAGGAUCCCGCCAUUCUUACAAGUUACGUGACAGCUCUCAGUCCAAGCGAGGGCUAUAGAGAAGUCCUGAAGUUCAAGCGACGCACCAAAUAUCUUCAGUAUUUCGUGAUGGUCGCCGAAAAAGCCCUGGCCAACGAUGCUUUCGAUAAAGUACUGGAGUGGUCGAAUGACACAGAAAUGUGGCUGAAUAAACGUCAUGAUAUUCUGAUGCCAACGGAAAAACCAUCAGCGGCUCGGCAGUCGUCAGAAUUUGAUGGCGAAGAUCCAAAGAGUAAGAAAUUUGCCACAGCAAUCGUCGAAUAUGGAAAGCCGACGGUCAAAAGAAACACGAAAUCUAUGCGACAGUUGCUCGAUACGUUGGCCGAGGUGAAGGAGCCUGUUGCUGAAUCAACCUCUCCCACGAAUGCUGAAAAACCUGUCAAACCGGCCACCAAGAGCGCGAAGCCUACAGGUCCUGUCAAACCAUCCCCACAUGUACCUCGCAUCAUUCGUAAGAGUCGAAAGAAAGUCAGAACAGCCAACGAACAAGAUCUGAUUCGUGCGAUUGAAGCUUUGCAAUCAAGACUACCAUCAUUUUGGAAAACUGAGGGAAGAAAACGCCGACUACGGGCAAUAACAGCAGAAGAGAAUCCUUGGCGAUGUCAGUGGAACAUAAUUCGAGCUUUGGCCAAUUUCCAGGUGUUUUUGAAGAACGCCAAAAAGAUCAUAAGCUGCGACUCCCCGGAAUUCGAAAGCAACGUUCACGUUCUGGACACGGAAUGGUUUGGUUUUGACGUCAGCGGUAUUCUAAUACGUGAUCGAAAUACAAUCUUAAAAGACUCCACGUCUUCCUUUAACAAUCUCCUCGUCUCAAUCACUCAGGGAACCGAACGACGCAGUCCUCUGAAGAAGAAGGAACAACAGAGAAUCGAUGACGAGACAGAGUAUCUCAGAUAUGUGUACAAUGCAACCAAGUAUUUAUCAAAAGCUGUGGUCCUGUCCUAUCGUUGCAAAUGUUGGGGCCUUCUUCAAAAUGCCUGUACUCAGUUAUGGAACAUGAGACAGAAGCUGUACGAGUAUGUCGUCAAUCCAAACUCGCAGAUAACCGACGAUGCUCUCUAUGAGAUCACCUGGAGUGCGUUUUAUUUUGCUGCCGACAUGUUGCUUGAUAUGCUUUUGUAUAUAAAACAAAACAGGAAAGAGACUUCGAAGAAUAAGAUGAAGGUUGCCGAGGACAAGAGUGGCACAUCCUUUUGGGGCUAUAUCGAGUCAGAAAAGGGAGGAUCUGAUUUAAUUUUCGAGAACUACCUCGAUGAUCAGACCACAGCAGAUGUGGCUUGGAUAAAACGUGUCAUCCUGCAUUGCAUAGAGGUCUUAUUUUACAAAGAAAAGUGGGAAAAACUGAUUGAUAUCAUCUUCAGAUUUAACGCUCUCUCCCUAGGAAGGUAUGCAGAGAAGGUGCUUCCAUUGGUCGCAUUUGCUCAAGGAAAACUCUUGGAAAAAGCCCAGGAAUGCGGUGGAAUCUCGAGCACCCAGCCUGAAGUGACGCUCUCUGCUGUCAGCGGUAAACCGGAAGGCCUGAAAAUCAAGCUGAAUGCCAGCAACGUCAGUUUUGAUCCGGCCGUGCAUAUCGACCCCAAAGGACACGACGUGUACAGCGACGAUAACAAUGCACAGCGGUUGUUCUGCGUGCCCGUAGAUAGGACAAACACGCUACUACUGCUCAAGGAGUCGGUCGAGCUGAAGCACUGUGCCGCAAGAGCCUUGCAACACAGCAGAGAGCUGUUCUUGCGUUAUCUUGCAGGAUUAGGUCAGCAUUUAAAGAAAAGCCCGUCUCGUGUUGGCUUCGUUUCGUCAGACGACCAGGGCUUGACUGCAGUGCCUUCCAGCGUCAGUGAGCUGAAAUUUGACAAGAUCGAUGAUGUUAAGAAAUGUGCACUCAACUCGACCCAACUUGCUCUUGUUAUUACAUCCUAUGAUAAAACUAUUGAAAUGCUUCAGUUCCAUGGCAGAAGAGCCCUGCUUGCUCAGGCAAUGUGCGAAAUUGGAAAUAUAAUGCUUCAUAUUGGAAACAAAAGAUCAGCACAUCGCUGGUGGCAGACAGUCCUGGACACGAUUCUGUCCCCAGUCUCUCAGUCAGGACACGGUGAGACAAGCCAUAAUCGUUACCACGACGCUGUUCACGUGGAACCCACGCUUUUAUUAAAGAAGCGUGGCAUGUGGGGAUGUUUGCUUGCUUCCGUCACAGCUGUGAAUAUUGCAAGAUACAUUCAAACAGACAGCGCUGACAAACGGCUUGACUCUUGCUGUAUCGCAGCAUCUUUGCUGAAGGCCAUGUUUUCAUCCAGUUUACCUCACCCCACAUCGUGCUGUGACUUCGCUCUAUAUGACAUUGGAAACGGAUUUCCAGUCGGUACAUUGAUACCGGGAAUUAAUCUCUUCUCUGAUCCGUUCCGAUGCGAUGCUAAAGUCUUGUUAUCGUCAUCGGUGUGGUUAGCAGAAGAAUUGAUCGACACGGGACAUUAUCUUACGGUCCUGCCAGUUCUUACAUUAGCUCGCUACAUCUCAAGUGAUAUAUUCGAAGAUGAACAUUGGGUUACGAAAGUUCUCAUUCUAAGAAUCCGUGCUCUAACCAAAGCUGGUAUGUUCUCCCACUCCUGUCAUGUUCUCAGAACCCUUCUGCUUUGUAAAACGGUGAACAGACCACAGAAACUCAAGAAUAUAGAUAAUUUUUACAGCGACAAACCAUUGACAGAUAAAAGUAAUCUUCAAGCGCUUACAACCAUCAUUUCCAGUCGUUUAUCUCCUGCCACCGUCCUGUCCUAUGGCACAGAGGCGUCUCGAUGCUUGGUUUUAGAACAAGCCCGUCUCCUUAUUGAAAUUGCUGCAUGUGUUUAUGAUAUUCCAUUUGAUGUAAAGUCACAACUUGUGGAAACAUUGAAAGGAGAGACUCUUGAAACAGACACAUUGGAAACAUCUAAAACAUCGAAUAAACCAGUCGUCAAAAUAUUUGACGAAGACGUCAACCAAGUCACGAUUAAGAGUUAUCUCUUAGCUGGAGCAGAGCUGUUACUUGAAGAGUUACGUGCGGAAAUUUUGGGACCUCAGAAGAAUUUGGUAGAUUUCCUUGAUGCCAGAGGUCAUCUGUUCAAGCCAGUUGAUUUCAAGACUUUAAUCCUGGUUGAAAUAGAAUUGGCAAAUAUUCUUCAUCAGCGCUUUGAAAGCCUUCGCGCGGCUAAAAGCGUUUACGAAUGCAUGAGAGCUUUGGAGGAUGCCAGUGUACUUCUGGAACACGACGCGACACGGUUUAGUUCUGCGUGGACAGCUUUCUCUCGCUCUCCUGAGCCUUGCAAAACACCCGACAGUCUUCGCUCCGAUGUUGGCUCGGUGAAGUCCGAUAUCGAUGCGAAUCUCUGGCUGAAUUGUCGCAUAAAGAUGCAGGAAUAUCUGUUUUGCGAAGGGAACAGUGUUGGAAGAAUUGCUGGUUUUAGUCGGAGUGUGGUAGCGACGACUGGUUCCGCUGAACAGCAUUGUGAGCAGGGCUUGGACGAGAGCGAUGCAUUUGGGCACAGCGAGAUUGUAGCGCAGUUUCAGUUCGGGAAUUUAUUGUUGAAACUUAAAAGUGGCAGUUUAACUCAGGAAGAUUUUGAUACGUUGAAGGAUACCAUAUCCAUGCUACAAACCUUACAUCCUCUCUCAGUCAAAGGUUCCUUACUUUUGGCUAUAAUGUUGAUCUACUGUGGCGAUAUUGCUGGAUCGUUUAGUGAUACGCCAGGUGAAAGUUAUGAGAACUAUAAGAAAGCUGAGACUAUCCUUGGUCAACAGAUUCUUGCACUUGGAGGUGACCUCCACAACAUCGACAACGAAACUUCAAGAUCUUACAAAAACAUCUACUUGCCUCAUAACAUGCUACUUGCUGAAACCAAAGUACGGCUUGCCCGAUCCCAAAUCGCGACCAUUGACUCAUCAAGCGAGACUCAACCUUUACUUGAACUACAGUCCUUCGUGAUGGAAGCACUUGGAAUAGUCACCGAUGCAGAAAUGGAUCAGAAUCCUUUAGAAAGCGAGUUCCUGUUUCUUUUAGGAGUGGUUCAAAGUUUUCUCUGGGCGAAAGGCGAAUGUUCUGACAUCAUGGUCAUAAUGUCCUUUGUUGAUGCUAUAAAGAAGACGUAUAGUUUUGAUCAUAAUCUCGAUUUGAUGAGAAGUUGUUACGAGCAGCUUUCGCUGUUUUAUCUUGCGAAAACGCAAAAGAUCCGAGAGGAUGUUGUCAAACAACAAGAAACAAAACAGCAAGAGAGUCAGAGAACCAGUUCUCCGGGCUCUAUUAAGCUCUCGCGAGCAAUCACGAAAGCUGUGCGCAAAGACGAGGGUAAAAUGAAAGAGAAGCUGGAGCAAUUAGUAAAGCGGGAAACCAAGAAAGAGCUCAGGGCUAUCUGGACUGCUGCCCGAGCUAUGGCCACAAUUUCCGCUGUCAUCGACACUCGCGGGCAGCUUCACGGUAAUGUCACCGGACUUUUCAUCUCCAAGGCUACCGGGCGAAAGAUCCCACUUUCGGUGAUUCAUGAUGUGUUAGGAUCAGUUUCGAUCAAGAGUGAGGAUGGAUAUUUCAUUGAAGAAGACGGAGUGCUUACCAUGGAGUCUAUGGUGAAUAGUUCGAAUAUUGUCCAGUUAACAUGGAACCAUCUGCUAAGUCACAUCGAGUAUCUACAACGGCAAGUUAGCUACCAGUCUCUCGGGGUGAGGACGCAAAGUGGCCCGUUAUCCCGCUGGCCAAUGCUACUGAAGUUGCACCAAUUGCACGAAUUUCUCGGCUCGGAGUUAGAGGUGUACGUGAAGAAAGGUUAUGGCGUGAAAUGUUCACCGUUGUUGAUGUUACCUGAACUUCCGUUGAAACAGAAUGAAACUAAUUCCCGUGCAAAAGGAAAGUCCGUGGAUGAAGCUGGGGAAAACGAAGUGAGUAUCAGUUGGGUGUCUUCAAGUCCGUUGUCAAGAUUAAUGAAAAAGACGGAGAAAGAGAGUGAUCACGUGGAGUGUGUUUAUGCAUUCAACAGCAAAGCUGUCAGCGGUCCACUCAUAGCAGGAGUUAAUGUCGGGAAGAAGACAAUCCUGCGGAAGACGCUUGUUGACGUGCAUGAACAAUUGCAGUGUUUAGUGGAGAUGGCUGAAAAUGACCAUGCAUUAUUACAAACCAAACCAGCAAAGCCUGACCAUCCUCCAGUGUCGAGUGGCACACCUCAGACGCCAAAAAAGAAGAAAAUCAGCAGCAUUAGAAUGUUGUCAGGUCGCGGUCGUCGAGACGUGGAAGUGCAAAGCAGCCUCAAAGUAUGUAUGAGUGCUAUCAACAAAAUGAUGAAACUAUCAGUUCUCUCCGAUAAAAAGGAGAUUCCAUUUGAUGCGUCCUAUUCAAAUAUUCGUAUCCUGGAAAGUGCGUUCAAUCCUUCCCGGGGAUUUAUUGGCAAAGUCCCCGAUAAUGUUUACCAGUGGAUUUCAUCAAUGUUUCCUUGAAACCAACAUUCUUGUGAUGUUGUUUCAACUUUGUUGAAAAGUCAUGUUUCGACUUUGUAUAUUUGUAGAUUUUAUUGAAUAUUUGUUGAAAGAUUUUAUAUAAUAUUCCUGAAAUAUGUAAAAUAGGUUUGUUAGAGGAAGAAAUGUGUUAUUAGAAUCGAAGUUUUGCCAGACU